AUGGCUCUGACACAGUCCAAGGAGUCUCGAAAGCGGGCUCCAAGCAAAGUGGAAUGGGACCGCAUCCACAAACAUUGGCACCAGCUAUAUAUCCAUGAGAAGCUUCCCCUGUCCGAGGUAUCUGCAAGACUUGCACGAGAACACAACUUCGAAGCAGGGCUAUCUAUGUGCAAAACUCGUAUGAAGCAGCUGCAGACAAGAAAGAACUUCAAAAAGCAAGAACUGGCUGCCGUUGCAAGAAUUCUCGACAUUUUGGUGCAGGCCGGGUUGAAAAUGCCGACGGCAGUUAUUGAUGGUCAAUCAGUUCCAACAGAACGCGUCAAGCGCCAUUUCAGCUCUUUGUUUGCUCACAACCCUUUGCGGAGCUCGAAAACCCUCAACUCUGCUCCAGAGAAAUCCUAUCUGCACAUCCUGAACAACUUCCAAGAUCGAAUUGGCGAGGCAAAGGGUGGCCAACCACGCCGACUACCGACUAUGCCAAGGAUCCUUUUGAAGCAGUCUGAAGGUAUGCACGAUCUCGAGUUGGCGUUGAUUCAAUUCAACAAUUACUACGGCUGGUUACUGAAUCAAGGUGACGACUACUUCCUACACCAGAUAGCCAACGACGGACCUGAUUGUACCAUAUCAAGCUUGUGGGAUCCGCAAGAGUUCUUCAACGCGAUCAAUGACGCCCUCUCUACUUUUCGCGUGAGAGCGUUCGACAUCGCUCAGGCCGCGAUAAGAAAUCUUCACAGUCGGGCGUCGGUGGUGCUGCGGCAACAACACCCAUCGUGCCCCGAUUUCCUGUUAUAUUUCAUGGUCGCAUAUAAUGAUAUGACAGCGUUACUAGUCGAGCGGCAAGGAGGAUAA